CCGGCACCACCAGGAAGCGUCCCCCCGAGGUCGCGGUUCCACUCGCUGCCAACGGGCCGGCUGCGGGGUCAGCGGCGCGCCGAGCCCGAGCCGGAGCCGCCCCCACUCCUGCCGGCGCCACACGCAGGAACCGCCUUCGGAGAAGGUAUGGAGUGAAGGCGAGCGGCGCACAGCCCGAGCAGCGCCCGGCUCGGGACCCCGGCUGCCCAGGGCCGGGUCGCGGGGGCGAGGGCGCGCCUGCCACGCCCCCCGCGCUGCCGCCGGCCACGUGACCGCGCGCACGUGCUCCAGCUCCUCGGCUCCGCGGGUCGCCGCCUCGGCCCGGCCGCCCCCGCCGCUGCCCCCGGAGCGACGCAGGCCGGGCGGGCAGGGGAGGACUGAAGGCCCCGGGAGCGUUGGAGACUAAGCGCCUGCCGAGCGGGGCUGAGCGGCAGGCCCGGGUGCGAGCAGGGGACUCGCCAUGACCCCCGGGCCUGUUCCAGGACUUCAACCCGAGUAAGUUCCUCAUCUACGCCUGCCUGCUGCUCUUCUCCGUGCUGCUGCCCCUUCCGCUGGAUGGCGUCAUCCAGUGGAGCUACUGGGCUGUCUUCGCCCCCAUCUGGCUGUGGAAGCUCCUGGUCAUGGCGGGCGCCUUCCGUGGGUGCGGGCGUUUGGGCCCGAAACCCUCGCUACCGCACCGAGGGCGAGACCUGCGUGGAGUUCAAGGCCAUGCUGAUCGCCGUGGGCAUCCACCUGCUGCUGCUCAUGUUCGAAGUCCUGGUCUGCGACCGGGUGGAGCGGGGGACACACUUCUGGCUGCUGGUCUUCAUGCCGCUCUUCUUCGUCUCCCCCGUGUCCGUGGCGGCCUGCGUGUGGGGCUUCCGACACGAUCGGUCCCUGGAGCUGGAGAUCCUGUGCUCCGUCAACAUCCUGCAGUUCAUCUUCAUCGCCCUGCGGCUGGACAGGAUCAUCCACUGGCCGUGGCUGGUGGUCUUCGUGCCCCUCUGGAUCCUCAUGUCCUUCCUCUGCCUGGUCGUCCUCUAUUACAUCGUCUGGUCCCUCCUGUUCCUGCGGUCCCUGGACGUGGUGGCCGAGCAGCGGAGAACGCACGUGACCAUGGCCAUCAGCUGGAUCACCAUCGUCGUGCCCCUGCUCACCUUUGAGGUCCUGCUGGUUCACAGACUGGAUGGCCACAAUACUUUCUCCUACAUCUCCAUCUUCGUCCCCCUCUGGCUUUCCUUAAUCACUCUGAUGGCCACCACCUUCAGGCGAAAAGGGGGCAACCACUGGUGGUUUGGUAUUCGCAGAGAUUUCUGUCAGUUUCUGCUUGAAAUUUUCCCGUUUUUGAGAGAAUACGGGAACAUUUCCUAUGAUCUGCAUCAUGAAGACAGUGAAGAUAUUGAAGAAACAUCGGUUCCAGAUGCGCCUAAAAUUGCUCCAAUAUUUGGGAAGAAAGCCAGGGUAGUUAUAACCCAGAGCCCUGGAAAGUAUGUUCCCCCACCUCCCAAGUUAAAUAUUGAUAUGCCAGAUUAAACUCAUCUGUGGGAGUGUCCCUAAAUAAGUAGAAACCAUACAUAACACACCCAGAGUCUACUUACUUUUGCCUCUUUUUCAUCCAUCCCGAUCCUAGAACUGAAAACAGCUCCAAACACCAUCAUCUCCUGCCUUGGAGAUUGAGCCUAUCGGUGACUCGUCAGUGUAUGCCAUGGGUAGGAGGUUAUGUGAAUAUAUGGCGAUGUGCUUGGUGUGUGACGUGUGAGAAAACUUGUUUCCCAGAUUGGUGCUUAAAGAGCUAACUGGGAGCAGUAAGUUAAAUUGUUUUAGUAGGUCCUCAGAUGGAGUAAUUACACAGCUAAGGCUUUUUUAAAGUGGUACUACACCUAUUAAAAGUAUUGUUAUAAGGAGUAUUUUUAUACACUGCUAGCCUAAAAUUGUAUUUCAGAUUGUGCCUGUUGUGACAUAAUUGAAAGCAAGUGUAAAGACUUCUCUCUCCCAUUACCUGUUUAUAAACUUCGUAGUUGUUAUUUAUGUGUUCCUACUGUUAAAAUCGUUUUUCUUUGGGCUUUACUGAUACUAGUCUUUGAUAACCUACUAGGUGAGAUAUUUUAAUGCAGUCAGUCCAUGCAUAUAUGAUAUUUAUAUGACUAUUUUAGCACUGUAAUAUGUUGAUUUCUAGUUCUAUGCAGUACAAGUAUUAUGUUAAAGUAUUUUUUAAGUUUAUAUUUGAAGAUACAUGUCUAUUGCGAUAUUCUUAAAGAUUGCUUAAACCAAUAAUAUGUACCCAGUGUAGAAGCUAUCAAAGUACUAGGCAUGAAUAUGGGGGUUUAAAAUCCCAAGGAUCUUAAUGCUCAGGUGUGAGGUGACCCAAUCUGCACAGUUUUCAGUUCUCUCUCAGAAGAAGGAGCCACCAUCCUUUGGUACCAGAUCAUAAAGUGACACUUAAUUAGCACUUUGAAUUUUCCCACACAGGUAGUAACAUAUGUUCAGAAACACCUGAAGUAAGCAAGUGGUUGCUCCAUUUCUAAGAAUUUUACAGUAUUAAUUGACCAUAAUAUAAAGUAUUGCUUGUCAUUGGAAGCUUGAGGCAGUGGCUUUAACCAGAAAUGGCCAACAGGAUCACAGUAUUAUUUUAAGGUCCACAUUUUUUGAUCUGUCAGCAACAGGGAAAUAAUUUUUCAGGUUUGAAGACAGAAUACUAUUUCUGUAAGUGCUGGUGAGGUGCCAGAGAAUCAGAAGGCAAAAGCCAGAUCCUGGGAGAGUAAUGUUCUUCUGACUGAGAACAAGUAAAUACUUUCAGAAGGAGGUUAAAAUAAAAAUGAGUAUUGAUAAUAUUACUGGGGAGAAGACUGGAGGAAAUUCACUUUUAUUAUCAACUUAGUAAAAAUCUAAAUUGGGCUUCCUGUGAAUUAUGUAAAUAAGUUACCUGGUGAGGGGACAUGCUCACUACAGAAGCCAACCCUGGGACCCCAGGGACCUGAGAGCCUGAGGUGCCACAGCUCAGUUCACUCAGCUGGGACUGAGCCAAGGCCACAUGCAUGACACGCUGUCCGUCCACACAAGCUGUCACUGGGGAGCAGGCCUGAGCAGCAGUGGAUCUAACAUUUCAUAAGCGAGGAUUCAUUCAUCCAUUUUUUUUCAAAGAUUCAUUGAGGACCUGCCUACCUACUCUGGUGUUAGGAAGUGCAGAUACCGUGGAGAGCAAUUCAAAUCUGGCUGCCACCUGCACAAAGAAUACAAUUAAAAGUGACAAGAAGGUAGGGCCCAUCACGGCAGCUGGGCAGCCGGCCUGUGGGCGGUAAUAGGCCAAGAGCAGGGUAUGCAAAACGCACAGGAUGCUGCUGCCCUUGGGGUGAUCUCACUUCACCUGGAACUUCAGUCCCAUCUUUGUUGUCAGGACCCCAGUGUCCCCUGAUUGCCCCUCCAUCCCCAAGUACUACCUCCGACAUGGACCUCAGUAAGGAGGAGCAGGUUUCCGGAGGAGCAGGUUUCUGGAGGGAUCGAAGGGCAGACUUGGGGCAGCAGUGGAUUCCCAGUCCCUGGCCACAGUGUCAGGCCAGGGGCUGGUUGGGACCUAGAACAAUCUCUCCUGACCUGACCUGCCUUACCUGCUCUACCCCAAGGUGGCUUCGUGUUGGAGAGCCUGUGCCUGAGGGUAAUUAAGUCACCUGGGAGUGAUGGAUUAUAGAAAGUUGUUUAGUCUGCAAAUUAACAGUCUCAGCUGUGCCUGGGGAUUUACCUAAUUGCCAUGCACCUCUGACUCUUCACAGUAUUUAGCGUGUGUCAAAUUUGGUAACUGGUUUCUCCUGUAAUCAUUAUAUUUGUAUUAUUAUGACUGUAUUAGUCAUAUUUUGCGGAAAAACAUCCUCAGAAAUCUCAGUGGCAAACUCUCACCCUCAGGUCUGCAGGUUGGCUGCAGCGGUUACACUACAGGCUGUGGGUCUGACCUAGGUCUCCACAAGGCAUCCCUUUUUCUAGUCUGGGUCCCAGGCAAAGGAGUAGCAUUCUUUGGGGCAUGUUCUUAUAGCAGAAGCACAAGAGGCCAAGCCAAAGCCUGCAAGCAAAGAUGCAGCCCCUGCUCACAGGUGAUGUGUGUCUAGUGUGCAUGCUCUGUUGGCCAAAGCACAAGGCCAAGGCCAACCAACCACAGUGGAGUGGGCCAACACACACCCAAGGGACAGUAACAUAGUCUGCACAGGUGUUGCAAGAUAGUUUUAAAGAUGGAAAAGAAAAUUUGUGGUCGGUUAUGAAUGAUUUUUCCCCUCUGUUUUACAAGCAUUCUAUAAUUUUGGAAGUUAAUUGUUUCGUAUUGCAAUAAUCAUUAGAAGAGUAGCUGUGGGGCACGGGGGAUAGAUUUGAAACGAGAUAAGGAAGACCCUGCAUUCAGACCCCUUUGUGGACUGGAAGGGUACAGGAGGCAGCACACCAGUUUCAUGAUGGUACUGUACCCAGGGCUUGCAGGAUGCCUUAGAAAGGGCAAGCCGGGCACAGGGACACCAGCUGGGCAGAGAUGCCCCGGGAAACUAGGAAGAAGCAGUCUGGGCAGGCCGGGCAGCACCCUAAAUGAGGAAGGAGGCAGGCCUCAGCCAGCCCUCCCCAGGGGUCUGGAUGGCACACAGCAUGCCCAGCUGAAGUAAACUGUCGGGAGUAUCCAUGGCUCAGACUGACAGGAAGUCUGGGGUCUUGCUCAGCAAGCACAGGGAUGAGAGACAUGCUGCAGGAAACCAGGCGAGGCUGUCCCUCAGGGACCAUUGGUGAGGAUGCCACAUGGCACCACCACCUAAAUAGUAAGUGCCCCCGGUGUCACCCCCACUGCCAGUUAUUCCGCAGUUGUCUCGCCAAGUUAAGGAUCCAGGAAGGGGGACAUGACUGGGAAGCCUCGGGAAUGCGUUCAUUCUGCAGCUUCCCGAGCAUGGGGAGAGGUGAUCUGGCGUCUUUGGCUCCAGGAGGAGGCAGGACUCCGCCGGAACGUGCUCAGCAGAGGAUUUGCCCAAAAAGGAGGGGUGUCCAGAUGCUGGGUAACCACAGACAAUGAUGGAGUGCGCUACGCUGAGUCCCUUGGCUGUCUGGCUGUCUGAUGUACAUUCUUCCCGUCACACGUCAAAAAUCUUGGCCCACCUAGUGUGCUACCACCGGCCCCGCGUCACAGCAGGCCUGUCCCUUCUGACGGGAGAAGGGAGACAAUCUGAGCUGCUUCAUCAACUACUUCAUCCAACUCUUAGCCUAGGACAUUCAGAGGUGUCUUCCUCCUCUGGUUUUGUCAUGGUCCUCUCUCUAUGUUCCAGAAUGUGUGCAUUAGAGCCAACUACCACCGCAUGCCUCCAGUGCGGUCCGAGGACCCCCGGAGUCCACAAAGUCCUCCCCAGCUACACUUCUGGCAGGAGCUGACUUGCUUUGUAUUCUCCAACCAAGACAACAUACUGCAGCAGGACGAAGACACAGGCAGACAAGAGAGUGCAACCCCGUCUAUCAGCCAGACAUUAAAGCUUCGCAGCGGUACAGACCGAUGCCACUCUUCCACUCACGGCUUUUGUUUUUGAAAAUUUGGUUAUUUUAAAUUUUAUAUAAAGUGAAUAUGUAAUGGGUUGUUUUUAAAUGAGGUAAUACAUUUUUAAAAGUUA